GAGUUCAACGAGGAGCUCAGAGAGACAUACGGCAAAGACUUGAGCGAUGUGGCUCAGUAUGCCAGAGACAUCAACAAACGCAAACUGACCAACUUCUUCAGGCAGCACGACAUCCGAAGGCUGUCUCAAGUGGACCACAUAUUCGAAGACUUCGACGGAGACUCUUUUAGACUUAAUGAAUUCUUGAGAAAGAAUUAUGGUAGCGACAUGUCAAAUUGUUCCAUCCGUCGCAAACAGAGCGUGGAGGCGAUGCUGAUUGAAUACUUCGAUUUGGUGAAGAAGAGACAGGACUCAAUGAAACUUGGAGUGAGUCGCCCGCAGUGGCGGAACAGGCCCUUGUGA